AUGGAGGAAUGCUCUAACAGUACUGGAAACAUGUUCUUCAUUUCAGCAAUUUCUGUCUCUGAAACUGGACAAUAUCUUCUUCUCACUGCAGUUCUAUUGGUGUAUCUGAUGACUGUACUUGGAAACGUAAUCAUUGCUCUACUGGUGUGUCUGGUUUCCCACCUUCAUACCCCAAUGUAUUUCUUCUUGAGUAAUCUUGCUAUUAGCGAUAUUAUAUUCGUUUCAGCCACUCUUCCAAAACUUCUCUCCAUACUCCUAACACAUGACCACCGAAUGUCUUUCUCUGCCUGUGUGACUCAGGUGUACUUCUUCUCAUUGUCAGGUUCUUGUGAUAUAUUUCUACUCACCUCCAUGUCCUUUGAUCGUUAUGUAGCAAUCUGCAAACCAUUUCAAUAUUCCUUACUCAUGAGUAAAGAUACAUACAUUUCAUUGGCUCUGUCUACUUGGCUUAUAUCUGUUACUAAUGCAACAAUCAAUGCGUUAUCUGCAUCUCUCUUAUCCUUCUGUCUCACACAAAAUGUUGACCAUUUCUUUUGUGAUCAGAAAGCACUGUAUGCAAUAACCUCUAGUGAUGUUAAAGGCAGAUACAUACUUAUGUUAUGUCAGGAUGUAGUGUUGGCAUCUUUUCCUUUUUUGCUCAUUAUGACCUCCUACAUGUUCAUCAUCUCCACCAUACUGAAAAUUCGUUCCUCAGAGGGACGAUUGAAAGCUUAUUCCAGUUGCACCUCCCACCUCACCACAGUAAUAUUAUUCUAUGGUCCAGUCAUUAUAUUGUACGGCAAACCAGAAUCUGAAGGUUCUAAGGAACUGGACAAGCUGUUGACCUUGCUUUAUAUGGCGGUGGUUCCAAUGCUCAACCCAUUUGUAUACACUUUGAGGAACAAAGAUAUUUUGAAUGCCAUAAGGAAUAUGAAACGGAAGUGGAACCUGAUUUUCAUUAAAUAA